AUGAUAGCAGAAGUACCAGUAAUAGCUUGUGUACCCAAUAUAUUAGUUCAAAAGGCCUAUUUGAAACCUAUGAGAUUACAAACGGGUGGUACAAUCUUAGCUGGUAAGUUGGCUUUAGAGCGAGGCUGGGCGAUCAAUAUAGGUGGGGGAUUCCAUCAUUGUAGUGCAGGAAAAGGAGGUGGAUUUUGUGCAUAUGCAGACAUAACACUGCUUAUCAAGAACUUAGUAUUGCAUAGAGGAGUUCAGAACACUAUGAUUGUUGAUUUAGAUGCGCAUCAGGGUAAUGGCUACGAACGUGAUUUCUUGGGUGUUCCGGAGGUUUAUAUAAUGGAUAUGUAUAACAGACACAUCUACCCAAGAGAUGAGGAAGCCAAAAGGGCCAUCAGAAGGAAGAUAGAACUCGGCAACAAGGUUGAUGACCUGGAAUAUAUGAUCAAGUUGAGGAAAAAUCUAAGGGAAGCUUUAAAGGAAUUCAAACCAGAUAUCUUGGUGUAUAACGCUGGCACUGAUAUACUAGACUCAGAUCCCUUAGGACAUAUGAGGAUCAGUGAUGUUGGUAUAAUAAAACGUGAUGAAUUCGUGUUCGAGAUCUGCAAGGAACAAGAUAUUCCAGUAGUCAUGUUAACUAGCGGUGGUUAUUUAAGAAGAACGGCCAAAAUUAUAGCAGACUCUAUAAUGAACCUCAAGAAUAAAGGCCUCAUUGGAUGUACGAGGAACCAAAAGUAUUAG